AACCGAGCUAGUCAACUUUGCAAAAAGGAAAACUUUUGCAAACUUGUCAACCUUUUUUUUUUGCAAAUUUGUCGACUCCUCCCCUAAAAAAUAAAUUUUAUUUGGCGUUUCUUUCGGGUUUUUUUAAUUUAAUCGGGAAAAUCCUCCCAACUUUUUCUUCACCAUGAGCGCCAAAUCGUGAAUUCCGGACUGUCGACCGAGUGUCCCCCGCCGCCCCCCUCCCGCGCUGCGCCCAGGCCCGCCUCUUCCGAGGCUUGAGCAAGGAAGAGCCCCCUCCCCCCACAAGCCGGUCGCUUCAGCCAUGGCCAGCCCCAGUUAAACCGCGCUCCUGGUGGGGCCGGACGGCGGAGGGAGGACAAGGAUUUCCGCCCUUUCGGUGCACAGCUGGAGGGCAGGAAGGCAACUGGGGGAUGUAGGUCUCCCUCCCUGCUAGGGGAGUGCUAGAUCGAGAGGUCACCUCGGGCUCACAGCCUUUCUGCCAGAGACUGCCCCUUGGCUUCCCCCUCCCUUCUUAAUGGCCAUCAUGAUCCGUCUUCUCGCCAACAGACACAGCCUCAGGGCGACCUUGUGCCUGACUACCAGCAGGAUGAAGUUAGAAAUGACUCCGCUGUUUUCCAAACUCCCUGCUCCUCUGCGAACCAGCACCCUGUUGUCUGUGGUUGAUGAUUUUGUUGUUGGUAGGGAAACUUGUUACCUCCCAGGACAUCCGCUCCUCUUCCGCACUCCCUCCUUUGCUUUCUACCAAGUGUGAGAAUUCUUAAAAAUAAAAGCCAGGCGGUAUAGCAAUAGAGCAAAACAAAAAUCUUGAGAAUAAUCAGAGUCAUGAAUCUGGGCGGGGUAGAACGCUGUCUUUAAUUUGUUUUUGUUUUGGGAUUUUUGUUGGGGCAAAAAAAAACCACACCCAUGCCCAAAUGGAUUGGGUCUGUACCCAGUAUUGUUUUUUGUUAUACACACAAAUUGUGAUAAGAUUUUUUUCCCAUUUUUGCCCACUUAUUCCUGUGGUUUAAACUGUGUAUAACAAAUUUGUUUGGGUUUUUGAGAAUACUGUGCAAGGUCUCCUUGUCCAACCAUGGCUGGACUACUUAGUUUGUUUUAUGACCCCCUCUAAUAAGACAGUCUCAUAAAACAGUUGCCUGAGGUGUAUCUUUUGGGUUACACCCGUGUUUUAUUGAUUCAGUGGUAUUAGCAGGAAUAAAAUGACUUGUUUCUGUUGUACUCGAGUCUUGUGAAAAAAAAAAGGGCCCAUAGUUUAGUGACAGUUUCCAAAGGCUGUAGUACCAUCUGUAUUACAAAAUGGGGGACCCAAACUCCCGGAAGAAACAAGCUCUGAACAGACUUCGUGCUCAGCUUAAAAAGAAAAAAGAAUCUCUAGCUGACCAGUUUGAUUUCAAGAUGUACAUUGCCUUUGUAUUCAAAGACAAGAGGAAAAAGUCAGCGCUUUUUGAAGUGUCUGAAGUGAUACCAGUCAUGACCAAUAAUUAUGAAGAAAAUAUCCUGAAAGGUGUGCGGGAUUCCAGCUAUUCCUUGGAAAGUUCCAUAGAGCUUCUUCAAAAGGAUGUAGUACAGCUCCAUGCACCUCGCUAUCAGUCUAUGCGCAGGGAUGUGAUUGGCUGUACACAGGAGAUGGACUUCAUACUUUGGCCUCGGAAUGAUAUUGAGAAGAUAGUCUGUCUUCUUUUUUCUCGGUGGAAGGGAUCUGAUGACGAGCCCUUUAGGCCUGUUCAGGCCAGGUUUGAAUUUCAUCAUGGUGACUAUGAAAAACAGUUUCUGCAUGUACUGAGCCGAAAGGACAAGACUGGAAUUGUUAUCAACAAUCCUAACCAGUCAGUGUUUCUCUUCAUUGACAGACAGCACUUGCAGACUCCAAAAAACAAAGCUACAAUCUUCAAGUUAUGCAGCAUCUGCCUGUACCUGCCACAGGAGCAGCUCACCCACUGGGCGGUUGGUACCAUAGAGGACCACCUCCGUCCUUACAUGCCAGAAUAGGGUACUGGCCAGCAAAAUGGGGAAGAUUCACAGAAUGCAGGAGUGCAGUUUUCACUUUUCUCGCCAUUUGUUCUUUCGGAAUAGAAGAAAACGGACACAUGUUCAGAACACUCUCCAUCGUGGAACUUGAUCAUCCUGGAUUAUUUUCUUUCUAUCAUUUGUAUCUCAGAACUUUAAAUUUUUUUUAGAUGUUUUCUGCAUGGACUUUGUGAAAGAGAAUGCUCUGCAUAUUUCUGCAUUGCGUGAGCAUCCUACCAAAAUGUGAAAUGGACUGUUAUACACUGAAAGGAAUGUCUCUGAGAGCACAAAGUGAUCAUUUAUGGUGGAGUUUCCCAUUUGUGCUGGUCAUGCCCCCCCAGUAUCAGUAUUCAUAGGGUGAGAAGUGAACAUAAUGGUGCAAAAGCCUUGUAGCUUUGCUGUUAACAUGAUUGUCUCAGAGCUCUGUCAGAUUCAUUCUGAUUAAUAGUUCUAUGGCUGUUGCAGUAGGAGGCUAAACAUGGGAGAGAAAUCUUAUGUGGAAAAAAAGCAUCUCAUUUGGUGUAGGCGUUAACUGCCUCUUUUAUUUUGCUUGGCCAUGUUUGAGUUUACUGGCAUUCUCAUUUUGGAUCUCUUUCCCCAGUUUGCUGUAUAACUAAAUGUCGAGUGUUCUGUUGAGUUGAAUACAUUUUUACAGACCUGGAGUCUGAAGUAGCCUAAAGCAGCUACAUUUAAAAUAGCAGCUGCAGAAACUGUGUUGGAAGAGGAUUUUUCCCUGAAAGUUGACUUGUAAACUUGCUGGUGAACUGUAUAGGAAAUACUGGUUUCCAAAACAUUUCUUAUGGAAAACCCUCUUGAGGUUCUUUGGGUGGGGGAGGGGUGGAGUAAGAUACUCUAAAGCAGUUGUGGAUUUAAUUGUAAAAUAUUGUUUGGAGUGUCAAAAUUGGUUUUGGCAACAUAUUUUGUUAAAGAUUGUGCAAUGAACAUAAAGAAGACUACUGUAUAGUUUUGGCAAAGAAUGCUUUGCUUAAGGAUUGAGUAAUUUACUGAAGUAAAUCUGUAUAAGCCUACUCCCUCUGGGUAAAAUUAGUGCUUAUCUGUUUAAAAUCUGUAUUUAGCUUUUGUUUGAAAUUGGAAAAAAAUUGGAAAUAAACAAAUUAGGUGAA